AUGGAAUCAAUUCUAUUGUACGCUCAUUUGCUAACAUUGAAUCACUCGGUUGGGAUUACAAUGCUCAUGCAGUAGUGGCAACGCUGCAGGUGAAUCCGCUGGCUGAAAAUGUUACGGCAUGGCAAAGAUUUUUGCCGACAGGCCCUAUCGCAAUGUUGCCGAUCAAAAACGGAUUCUCAUCGAUGGUGUGGUCUACGACCCCCGCUCUUGCUUCCAAGAUAUGUACUCUUUCAACAAACAAUUUCAUACAUUUGGUAAAUGCUGCAUUUCGUCUUCGAAUCGCUGAUUUAGAAUAUUUAUAUUCUCAACUGGAAAAUAAAGAUAUUGAUUUUGGGAAAGAAUUUGAAUGGCGACAAAAUGUUGAGAAAAAAAAUGUAAAUCCUGUAGAAAUAUUUCCUCCAUUAGUAUCAAAUGUACAAGAGCAAAGUCGUGCUAAAUUUCCGUUAAAGUUGAGAAAUGCUGAAAGUUAUAUAAAAGAAAGAAUUGUUCUUGUUGGAGAUGCAGCACAUACAAUACAUCCACUUGCUGGACAAGGACUGAAUCAAGGAUUAGCUGAUGUGCAAAGUUUAGUCAAAGUUAUCGAACAUGGUGUUAUUACAGGCCAAGAUUUAGGAAAUAUACAAUUACUUAAGAAUUAUUCAUCGGAUAGAUACUUAUCCAAUCUUAUAAUGUUGGGAUCAGUUGAUAAAUUGCAUAAAUUGUUUGGAAAUAAUUUUGCUCCUAUAGUUUUUAUAAGAUCAUUAGGAUUACAAAUGAUCAAUAAUUUAGAGCCUGUGAAGGUUUGUAUAGA